AUGGGAGGACCGAGAUGGCUGACUCACAGUCGUAGUUUGCGCCAUCAGCCGGGUGCCCAAGUGGUCGCUACGGGCGACCCUCAGAACAUAUUGAGUGACGUGGUAUUGCCGCACGCAGAGGAAGAGGAGGGCGUGGCAGCAGACGUGCAGUACGACGCAACCUUGACGCUUUUGGCGCCCCGGAUCCCGAAAGAGUUAGAAGCGGCGGUAGAUGGCGCCCUAGCGGCGAGCGGAAGUCCCCAGGAAUACCUGGUUCAAUUCAAUAAGACGCGACUAAGAUGCGGGGCUCUGGCCGACUACUAUUCCCUAUGGUGGGCACACAAGUGUUCGGUAAACUUUUGCUUCUGGAAGACCACGUCCCCCGGCUCUGUCCGGGAUCAUGCCAGAGACCAUCUCCGGCACCACGUCCGGGAUAAUGCCCGCCGUGGAUUGGCCGAAAGUUCCCCUGAAGGCUUUCUAGACGGCGGUGGUACCCCAAACGGUGGCCGUGAGGGCGGCCGUGAGGGUGGCCGUGAGGGCGGCCGUGAGGGCGGCCGUUGUUUCCCCGGGGAUUACCAUGAUGAUUUCCAACAGGAAUUGUCUGAUGAGGAUCGCCUCGUAGUAGAAAUCGAGACAGGGUCGUCUCCGGUUCGAGGCGUGACAUUUAGCGAGGUGAAGUACGACCGGACUUUAGCGGCCGUGGUCCCUGAGUUACAGUUUUAUUUGGAUCGGUUGUAUGAACUGGAGUUCACGGUGUUACGAGAGCUUAUGACAAGUGACCCAAUGUUCACCACAGAAGAAGCCAGUCGUCGGAGUGGACAGGCCGCCACGACGCCUGCCAAGGUGGUCGAUGAGCGUCGACGGGAUAGUCGUGCACCAGUGACCGAGUCGCGGGAAGAAGCAGAGACCGCGCCAUUUCCCACACGACGGAAGAAGGGGGCACCACUGCGGGUGCUGUCACUUGAGCAGCUGCACAAACGGCCGCCAGUGGGUUACUCGCAGCGCAACCGGGUACUCGACCAGUCCGGGCCGGCCUGGACUAGUCCAGUCGACGGCACGCAGGACCGAAUGGGUCAGGACCGAAUGGGUCAGGACCGAAUGGGUCACGACCGAUUGGGUCACGACCGAUUGGGGGGUCACGACCGAAUGGGCCCGCUGCUGGGGCUCGAUGAAGGCCAUGUAACGGGAGGAGCGCCGGGGGCGACCUCGAUGGGGGCGGCCCCGGGAGGACGAUUGUCGGCGGAGGUCGUGUUCAAGUCUAUGGUAGUAUUGACGAGUUCGAGCAUCCAACAGUACCUACUGGCGGGUACAGAACAGCGGGGCUUGUUGGCAUACGCGCCGAUCCCGGAGAGUCGUGUGUCGUUCGAAGGUGACCGCGUGACAUGCAUGUUCACGCAUAGUUAUAGCGAGCGUACGAUACUGGGCGACUCGUCGGGGAAUGUUUGGGAGUACGUACCCAACUUUGUCCGGGAGCUGUACGUGGGUCUUCAGGAGAGUGUCUUCACGACUUCGCCGUUGGAGCGACAAGGCACGCGCUUCAAGAUCCCGUUUUGGGGCAGCAGCGGGUAUCGGAAUAACAUAGUGGCACACGGUGUGUGUCGUAAACUGCUGAGCACGGCGCCGCUCUCUGCCAAGCUCGUCCUCGCCGCGGCGCCAGUGCCGGUGCAGAUCGACGGCUCCGCUCACCGCGUCUAUGUGCUCACCAGUGCGGGCUCCGUGUACGGUUUAAGCUUAAACCCGCCGGUGACGCAGCAAGUGACGGCGGAGAUCUUUAAGCUUUGCGAACAGCCAACCAUCGCGCACUCGGAACCGAUGCUCACCUGGGAGGUGCUGGUUAAGGGUAUCGAAGACUCUUUGGGCCGCUACAGCAUUCAGAGGUAUGGAACGGAUAGCCGUUACGGGACGGAUAGCCGUUACGGAACGGAUAGCCGUUACGGAACGGAUAGCCGUUACGGAACGGAUGGCCGUUACGGAACGGAUGGCCGUUACGGGAGCGAGAGUCGGACGGGGGUGGGCGUAGUCGACCGCCCGGUUGGUGAGCGGCCGUCGGUGCCGGCGGGCGUCGAAGGCUUCGUGCAGUCGCAGCCACCGGGAGGCGUGGCUUCGGUGGUCGCUUCGUUAAAGUCGCGAUUAGUGCAGUCGGCUUCGUCGUUCAGCGUAAAGUUGAAACAGGAACUGAGUGUGGCGAGUCUGUCUACGAGCAGCGACGGUGUGGCGUGUCUCUUAUUGACCGAUGGCACGCGGGUAGAGUGUGCGCCCGCUCAGGCCGGUCGAAGUCUGCGUUGGAAUGGGCGAACACACGAAGCCGGAAAGACGUUGCAUGACGCACUACGCAUGCGCGUGGAUAACACCAUCUGGGGUCUCGUACAACAACACAACGUCCCUGUCCAGGAGUGCCAGCCGCUCCUCGUCUCCCGCGUCAUCUGGCCCCCGCCCAGCCUCCUUCGUUUCUCGCCUUUCCGAGAAUCAGAUGGCACCCGACCAACCGAGCCACUCUACAUCCUGGGCCACCUGCCGGCGCGGGACGCUUGGCUCGUGUUCGUCAGCCGUGCCGGACGCGAUACUGAACCGGACGGCGUGGAUGGGAGUGUGGCGGCGGUACCGUCUCCCGAAGGUGAACCAGGUUUCCAGGACGCGGGAGUCAGUGGCGCUAGGACUGGUGCUAGAACAGACGGUAGCACUGGCGCUAGGACUGGCGCUGCAGUUGGAAUUGGAGUCGUUGGAACAGGAACAGACGGGAUAGGGACUCGAACCGCCGUCCAGGGGGUUGGAACAGGAGUCACAGGUGGUGCGUCGCGGACAGUAGGAUACCUGGCGUUCGUAUCGGGUACGCGUUGGCAGCGGUUGCGGGAGUCGACGGGGAUUGCGUCUGGGAUUGCGUCGGAAGCGAUUCGGCGACACCGCGGACUAGUUUCUACAGGACGUGUACAAAUGGUGUGGAGUCUCCGAAGGCGGUUGGAGUUGUCGGGUGUGAGUGCUGCGUUGCAUAAGCGGAACGCAUUGUUGGGUUGCGUUGCUUCCUUCGGGGAGAAGGGGUGUCCGGCGUUAUCGUUGCUUUUGCCUCCAGUAAGCGUGUUGGCGCUGACACGUGAGGGGUUCCUGGGUUGUCGGAAAAAUACACUGGCCGAAGAUCUGGGCUCCCAGUUGCCGGCGCUUAAGAGUCUGACGGACGCUAUCUUCAAGGACCUAACUUUCGCUGUACCCUUUGCUCCCCACGGAUUGCAAGUCAAUGACGCAGCCCAGUUAGUUGCUGCUCUCGAACGCGGCGCGACCACCGCCAUGACCGGACUCCAUGCCUGGGCGGAGCUCGCUUCGCUGCCUGCCAGUGUCGCCUGGCUGAGUUCUGGACUAGGUCGCAGUGUCAAUUGUGCCGAGACGAGUUGGCUAUUGGCAAACACACACCUAAAACACACUAUCGACAUGACCUGGCACUACCUAGCCCUCCACGGCCAGGGUGCUGGACAGGCUGGAGUCGGCCACGGGGCCCAGGAACCUGGCCGCAGCCCAGAUGCUAAUGGCCGCGAGUUACUGGACACGUGUUGUCGUUUAUUAUUUUCGCUCUCCACCCUCGCACGAUUACGCGAAGGCGGCAGUGGCGACUCGGAAAGCUGCCAGGGACUUAAGCGAUUGGUGCUGCAACUGCUGAUCGACUUCAGUCGGCGACCACUGUUUCAAAUGAGUGUGGGUACGGAGGUUGGAGUCUUAACGUUCGAUCCGUUGGACUUGGCUCAUAACCCCAGCUCCCCCGGUUCGAAUCCCUUUGCCGGCGGUAGCGCCGCGGCAAACCAUCAGAGCCGGAAGCGUAUCCACCCUGACAACGAGCCCAAGGCCAAUAAUCGGGUCAGUCUAAAGUUGCGGUUAUCGCGGGAAGACUUCCGCCAGGGCGUGGCGGCUUGUAGCGUGCUAUGGAAUGCGAUUGGAACAUACGAGGUCUUUCUGAAGAGCCAGGUCUCGUUGGAUGUGCGGCAUAAAACAUUGGAAGACGCGCCACAGUUUGCGGAAUUGAAAGAGUUCCUGGGUGUGGUCGAACAGCUCUGCGGCUUUUUCGAAUUGCUUAGCGAGAGUCUGGAUGACCUGAAUUCAAUGACAACGGGUCGAUUGCCCUUUGGACCACGCGCUGAUGGGCAGCAUAUAGGCGGCUUGCCAAAUGUGCGGGUGGAUAUAAUUGAGGCUUUAGCACAACAGAAUUUCGGAUCUAUGUUAGCUAGCGUAUUGUACGACGGAGAAAAUAACGUGCUCGGGCAAUGGUUCCAGGAAGGUAGUUUGAGCAAAAUCCUGUCGCCCUCGAGCAUGGCCCAAACCUGUCCGAAACUGUUCGAGCUUUCCAGUCUCAAAUGGAGUGCAGCCAUAGAACCAUUACAAUGUCUUGCAGAUUGUAUUGAUUCCGCCCAUGCGGAGCGGCGCAAAUUACAGAGUCUCACAAACAGCUUCACGAGUCGCACUUUUGUCGCUCCCGAUGGUGAAAGUCCUCUGCUAAGUCCCGGCCGAAUGGCUGGUGCCAACACUGGGGAUAUCGGGACGUUUGAGUACUUGUACAGUGUGUGGGAGCGUGAAUUAAAUCCAGCGGAUUUAAAUGUGUGUCUUACCUUGCCCAAAUUCAUACGCGCGGAUCUAUUCUUUGAUCUUGGGGCCGGUGAUGAUGACCCCGUGAGAAAGGAGGCUAGGACUCAUGGUAUCAAUGCUUUGAACACGUGUGUGCAAUUGAGUCGGGAUCGGAGUGAGAAUAAGAAGGAUGAGAUGUUGAAGGAAUUGCUGAACAUUCUAUUCCGCAUGCAUUCCUUCGACUUCUUCCAUUUGACGGUGGCGCUUUGGAUAGAUCUAUGUCAUCGCUACACACUCUGGCGAUCGUCACAUCCUCCUUCUUUGAGUGCGAUGACUGUGGCUACCAGCGACCAGCUAAGUUCGGUCGAACUACCCGCCAAGGUCGCAGCGGCCGUGGGCGAAUGUCUUGCGAGGUUACACACCAUCGCUGUGCACACAGACAAGAUGUUGGGUUGGGAUCUGCUCACUGCACUAGUGAAUCAACUCGCGUGUGCUGCUAUCCCGACGCGAUUGGAUGCGGCUUCGACGCUGGACUCGUUCACGGCGGGGUUACAUUCAUACGCUGCACCAAUCGCACAUAGUGUGUUCGAGUGGGUCGUAAAUCACACACACGAUAGCGAACUUAUGGAAGUGUGUCUACGCUCGCCAUACAUCGACUCAUGGCUGGCACGACGACAUGGCGGCGGCGCCGCUGGCAGUACCAUCUGCGAACUCUACAUCUCUCAACGCAACUACUCUCAAGCACUCGCCCAACUCGUCACUGGUCUCGAAUCGCAGCCUGCGUGGCUCGAGCUCCCACUGCUCCCUAACGUGCUGCUCAAAAAAGCCCUAUUGCCCGGCCCCCGGAUUCGAGCCACCGAAGGCGAAACCAAUACUACCGGACUCGGCGCAGUCGCUAAGUCCCUCGGCGCUUCGCUCUUCGGUGGCAGCCGAACUGCGAGCGGUGGUGGUGGUAACCAAUCCGGGGGUCACCAAUCCGGGGGUCACCAAUCCGGGGGUCGCCAGUCAGAGAGUCACGCGAGUGGAUCGGCAGGCAGCACACGACCCGGCACAUCGGACACGAGCGAGUGGCUGACGCUGGAGCCGUUGUCGAGUUCGCUGAGUUGCAGUCGUCGACUUGUGAAUCCAUGUCUAGCGAGUGAGAUGCGGCGAGCGUUCCGGGAGAAAUUUACCAGUGUGGACCCCGAGUCAUGGGCGUUGACGGUGGAGUUAUUGAACCGUGUUCGAGACCUAGGUGACUACCCAUUGGACGCACGACUGGCAACUGUAUAUAAGUGCGUCCUACUUGAUGAAAUGAACCGAAGCCAGGAAGGCAAGAAAAUGGCUGAGCUUAGUACACACUCAGGCACCCUUCGGCCACCCGUUAGUAAUUCCAUGAUCAGUCAGGAAGUCUCAGGUGGCAUGCUUAGCAACGCCCUCCUCACUGCCGCUUCACAACCUGCUGUGCUACGAGCAGCCCGACUUCAGGCCGGUACCGGCGGCCUCGAUCGACGCUACUUGGAUGAUGCCCCCGGUCGAGUGAUCGAAUCCAACGGCCGAACGACCGAACCCGGCCGUCUAGCCUCCUCCCAGCCACCCCCCGGCCUCUCGCAGCCAGCCUUCCCCGGCAGCCAGACCCUGGCGCCGGCGCGCCUGCGCUCGACCCAAACCAGCUCCCUGCUUGACCCGACCCGGAGCCGUCUUGACAACGGCCGUCGGCUGCUGAUGUGGAACGACCGACGUCGGAGCUCACUCAGCCCGCGACAUUUACCGAACAGUCCUACACGACUCCACGGCGGGAACCUCGGCCCCUCCGGGAACCUUGGCCCCUCCGGGAACCUCGGCCCCUCCGGGAACCUUGGCCCCUCCGGGAACCUCGGCCCCUCCGGGAACCUCGGCCCCUCCGGGAACCUCGGGCCGAGUGGACCGUUGGGAUUCGGAGACUUGCUGAGUGCGAGCCGAACGCAGCAAGGUGCGUCCCGGGCGGAAGUGGGUUUGAGUGGCGGUGCGGGCGCCAGUCUGGGGGUGUCUUCGGGGAGUCGGCGAGGGCUCGAACCGGGGUCCUUCGGGUUAGAACAGGGUCCGUUGGAAUCGGCUCCAGCGCCACAGCCAGGCGCGUUGAGGAACAUAUUACUGUUGGAGUCGGAAGAGGCGGAGCGACUGCGAGAGGAGGGCUUGCGGCAAGGGUUCCGAUUGGAGCGGAUGGCAGAAUCAUUAAAAUUGCCAACAUAUUUGACGAAAGAGGUCGGGGGCGCAAGGCACGGCGAUGCAAAUAAGGAUCGAUUCCGAGCCAUGGAGGUGCGUUUAUUGUUACAGGGGCAAUUGUUGAUGGACGUGGCAGAAUAUUUAUGUUACUUAAUGAUAGACGGCGAGACUCGAAGGCGUGUGCGAACCGUGCUCGAAUGCAUGGCGGGUACGCGACCGGCUGAACAACUUCUCGCUAUCGGCGACGCGCGUGACGAAUUGCUCCGAAAUACUCUUGGCCUUGCGGCGGUCUGUUGGCAUCGCUACUUCCCUACCGCGUUCGGACUGGCGGAACAUGUCCUCAAGUUCGCCGUGGCGAAUUUGAGAGUCGCGCCCCUUCCCACGGCCACCUUGUUGCAUUGUUGGACCCAGUUGGAGGAGACUCGCCAACGAGUCCGAUUGCCUCUCAAGCUGGUACCUGAUACGCUGGGUGAUGUGUCCUCCGACCUCGCCAUGGUGCUCGCCGCCGUCAACCUUACUCUGGCCGAACGACUCGUGCUUGCUAAACGACAACGUAACUGUCUCCUGCUGGCCGACAUGGCGCUCCGCUUCUGGAACACGUUCGCUGCGCUCGCCACCACUUCCGAAGAGACGCUCAUGGCCGCCCUGCCCGCCACGCUCUGGCAACUGAUGACCAGCCGCCUCACCGAAGAUCUCGACGCUGCCCAACAACAGGCAUUACCACCCGGAUCAGGGACAGGAUUCGAACCACGUGGUUCCGGAUUCGGAGCAGGAACAGAGUACGAUUCUGGACCCGUCGCGACCUCGACCCCGCUGGCUGCGUUGGAGGUGAAGUCGGGUAUGUUGCAGGAGCGAAAGGCGCGGCUGAACCGGUUCGGUGACUAUUGGGAAGAGCACUACGAGUUGGCACGACCGGUGGACGUGUUUGUGUACGAGAGUUGCGUUCGCGUGUUUGUUUGGGACAUGGUUGGAUUGACGCGGGAUGCGUCUUCGGCGGAGUCAUUUGACCCUGAUUCGCCGGCCGUACAGAGUGACCCUACGCGGGCGUUGAAUGUGGUAACGCCAGCGAGCGUGUGGCUAUAUAACUUAGGUCUGGUGUUGGUUGCGGAAUUGGGUCAUCGCAAGGGACUGGGAUUGCGAGACCAGCCGCAGGCGGCUGAGGCGGCACGAGCAUUGUCUGUAGGGUUCGGUGCUAGCGAACUGAGCACUGACUUACUUGAAGUCGUGGUCAGCAGCGCCGUCAAAGAUUUGCUGAGUCUCGGCCUCUGGACCGCGGAAGCUGCUCUCCCCGGUUUGACUGAACUUUCCCCCGCACUCACAACUGGAGCAGGGGGAGGUGUGACGGCCCGCGGAGGCGGUCUUGGAACUGGAGUCGGAAUUGGAGCCAGUACGGCCCGGACGGCGCGCUCGGCCGCGGGAGCGGCGCCGUCGCGGAUGGGUACCGUCUUGACGGCGUCCGAGGCACGGUAUCUGUCGCCGAUUGUGCGGAAGGCCGUCACGGUCGCUCAGCAAUUUUCGACGCCGGCGGCCGUGCGUCCCGACGUCUGGACGCAUGUGCUGGGUCGUGAAAGCUGUGACCUCGGGUUCGAAUCGAACCGACGCCCCGAUGAAGCACUACAGGCCCUACCCUGGGCCCUAGACGCAGAAGAGGCCCUCACACGUCUCGCCGCCACUGCACCCGCACCCGCCACUGCCUCACUUGAAAAAUACAAACGACUUGCCGAAGCUAUCGACCGCACACUCUCACUCUGCGUGGCACUCGGAAAAAGCGCUAUCUUCCUCGGCGCCGACCCCGCUACUGUCAAAGCCACCGUCGCCUCCGCCGAUGUUCUCCGCGAUAUCAUACACAACUACCUCGUCUGCCUCAAUCCCCUCAUUGCACGGUAA